UGUCGUGGAGGCGGAGUUUUCAUUCUGCUGUUGUCGACGCGCAGAGGGCAGCAGGCUGGCUCCAUCGCAUCACGACAUCCUCAUCCACCGUCCACCCUGACAACGACAGCCCUUCCGCUCCCACGGGACACGAGGACAAGGACAAUUUGCUUACAGUCAGUAUCAUUUAGCACCGGGAGAGCGGCGAAGAUGCUGGCCUGCGCAGAGAUGAUCACCAUGUGUCUCCAGUCCGCAAAGCACGAUCACCUGAAGAAGCAGCAGGAGCUCUGCCACAACCACAAUCAAGGCAUCUCCCUUUUUCACGAUAUUUUCCGCCGGGCAGACAAAAACGAUGACGGGAAGCUGUCCGUGGAGGAGUUCCAGUCUUACUUCACUGAUGGUAUCCUCACUGACGACCAGAUGCAGGAGCUGUACUGCUCCAUCGACAGGCAGCAGACAGAUAACCUGGACAUAGACAAACUCUCAGAGUACUUCAGUCCACAUCUGGGGGAAUACGUCAAUGUCCUGUCUGCUCUGGAUAAGCUGAACCUUGCCAUCUUGAAGGCCAUGGAUAAGACUAAAGAGGAGUACCAGGGUUCAUCGGUACUGGGUCAAUUUGUGACCCGCUUCUUGCUGAGGGAGACCUCCACCCAGCUGCAAUCCCUUCAGUCAUCGAUGGACUGCGCCAUGGAGGCGGUUCAUCAUGACCAGGGCUGCACAGAAAGGAGGAUACUGAAAAAACCAGAGGACCUGCCUAUCCAGAGGAUGAGCAAACGGCCCGGUCGACGCAUCCAGAAGAACAUGUGUCUCUCCCCUACUGACCCUUACUCCGGCAUGCUGACCACAGGGGUCAGCGUGGAGCCAGACAACCACUGGGGCUCUCAGAUCAACCAACUGGAGCAGCUCAUGGACAAACUGGAGUACGAGAGUCCACAUCUUGAACCGCUCAAAGAGGACACGUUGGCAGGGACGUAUAAAUCGAACAUACUUCUGGUCCAGAGACAAAUGUCUGUGAAGGAGAAGGAUGUGGAGCAGUUUCAACAAGCUCUUAAGAUAUACACAGAUACCACCAGCAGCCAGCUGGACAACCUGCAUGUUUCCAUCCAGAACCUGCCAGACAGAUCAUGCUUCAUCAUGUAUGAAUUUUGGCAGGACCGUCUCUCCUGGAUGAGCUACCUGCAGUCCUCCAUCAGUAAGACCUUCCAGCGCUGCGUUAUCGACUCACUGGAGGAGCCGGAGAUGGUCUCCACCAUGCUCCUGCCAGCCUCUUGGUGGAUAAUGAACAACAACUGACAGGACAAAGCCGCAUCUACUCAACAAAGUAAAAGCACGGGGAAAAGCUGAUUUUGUAAUUGCUUUUACAUUUUUUUUCAUUAAUAUCUAUUUUUUUGUCAUGGCAUGACCGGGAUUGUUUUUGCUCUGAGUUUAUAAAAAAGAAGACUGCUCAGAUAAGUCAGUCAAGAGUGAAACAAAAUUAAAGAGAAGGAAUUGAGGUAAUGCAAUAUCUUAUCAUGUCACAUCGCUUGCUUCUGAUUCAUUAGAAACAUAAGGACUUACUUUAAGAAAUAUUUGCAUGAUUUGUUAUUUCUCAGUGCUUGUUUAUUUUAUAUCUAAAAAUAGAUUAAUGGCACUGUUUCUGCAAAAAUAGAAAUACAUGAAGAAAACGGAUCAGUGCAUCCGUCCCUAUGCGUCACACAUUCUUGAGUUCUCACAGAAACACAUGUAGCGGUAGAAAUAACCUGCAUUUCCCCUUGUUCCCUACGUGGUAUUGUGCUUUGUCGUCUCCUUCAAAUCUUUGCAUCCAAGCGUCCUUUUGCGUAUGUGUUAGACAGCAAGAACGAUUAUGGUCCACAUCUAAACCUCCAUCAUCCGUGUGUCACUCCAGCACUUUAGAAAAAUAUCCAACGUGGACCUAAUUGUGAAGAACAGACUUCUGUUGCUGAUUGUCAGUUGAAAAGGUAGAAUUAUCUGUUGUUAAGAGCUGCACUUUAGUGUAGUGAGACAUUAGCAGGCCUUACAAAUUGAAUAAGUUAGUCUGCAGUUUACCUGUACUGUGAUACUAGAAAUAACACAUGCGGUGUGUAGUCCUUAUACAGUGCACAAACACAUCAAAGUUUAUAUUUUAAGUACAGAAAUGAAGCAGUUUGGUGUUAUAACAUUGAAAAGAAAGUAUAUUUAGAUUGUGAAUUGUAGUCAAUGAAAGCUGUAAGGUGUAAGUUAUUGUUGUAGAACACUGGUAAAUGUACACUAUGAUAGUACAGUGAGCGGUGGUUGCUCCGGUGAUGUGAGGAAAGAAUGUUUUUGCUCUUUUUAAAAAAAAGUAUUUUAUCAUUUAUUUAAUUAAAAAUAUACAGUUAUGUGAAUGCUAUAUUUGUUUUCCGGCAUGAAAUAAAGUUCAUGACUUGUUGAUGACAUUAAA